AUGGCGUACGAAGCUGAUAAUGCAGUGGGUUUUGGUGCCAUUACAGCUCAUCAUCUUGACAUCGUGCAUCAAAGACGCCCAGAUACGGCUACUUUCGAGGUUCCCGCACAUAAUACGACAGCGGAGGCAAUGGCUUUAGAUCAACAGCGUGCGGAUAUUCGUCGAGCCGAUAGCGAGGCAGAAGCAGCUCGUCAAACCGGUGUCGUGAAGAUAAAGCUUAAUCGACUCUGGAUGCCGGUCGAAGUUGACAUAAUUUCGUUGAGACGGGCGAUUGGGUUGCCCGACCACGACAUGUUCACCCAAGGCAUCUUUCACGAGUUCAACGCACCACCUCCAACUAACCCUACAAUGCAGGAUGUGGAUUACUUAGAAGACGAAGAGAUGUAG